AUGGCACUCGCGAGUUGGAUAUGUCUGUUGUACUCGGUCUCGCUGGCCGCCGCCAAGGUCAAAUGGGAUGCUCCGACCAGUACCAAGCCCGACGCCGGCCCAUUCGGUUACAUGGAUAUCCCGAGGCCGACGACCGCGCCUGCGUUCCGAAAUCCGCACGGCCUUAGGAAACGAGCCGCGAGCGAUCAAGUGUGUGGAUAUAUCAGCAGUGUUCAUCUCCCCGAGUUCGAAGUCUCCUGCGGCGUAUCGUUCACCUGCACAAGCCACAGCUCUCUUCCCGUCCUCGGCUGCUGCUACCAAAACGACUACUGCAAUUUCGACACUACGUGUUAUGACUCGACCGCGUGCGGAACGGCGUGUAUCUCGACCGCCGGGUCGCUGACACUCGUCUGCUCCGACUCCGCGCUCCCCUACUGCGCCAGCUACGCCGGCACCAACUCCCUCCUGAUCCUGAUCUGCGCCACAGCGUCCACCAGCGGGCUGCAACCAUUCGAGGUAAAAUCCUUCACUUCGAAGCCGAGCUCCAGCACGCCCGCAUCCACGCCCGCCGACGCGACCACGCUACCGGGCAGCGGUCUCUCCCUCGAGUCCACCACCUCCGCCGCCAGCGUCCCCACCGCUCCCGCCGGCAGCAGCAACAACAGCACCUCAACCAACACCGGCGCGAUUGCCGGCGGCGUGGUCGGCGGCGUCGCCGUCAUCGCCAUCGGCCUGCUGGGGUUCUUCCUGAUCCGGCGGCGCAGCAAGAAGAGCGCCUCCGCCUCCGCCUCCGCGGCCGCUGGCUACCCGCCCGUCGGACCCGGCCCCCAGCCGCAGCCGGGCGUCGGAUACUACCCCACCAACGAUAAGGCGGGCGUUAACCAGCAGCAGCAGCACAUGCCAAUGCCGAUUCCCGGCUCCCCGCCGCCGCAGCAGCUGUAUGGCGGCGGUGGUUACCCCCAGCAGCAGCCGCAGUACUCGCCGCCCAUACAGGCGAUGCAGCAGCCGCUGAUGUAUCAGCAGCCCCCUCCACAGCCGCCCCCGGCGGAGUUGGGGACUUAUGAGCAGAGGACUUGA